AUGUCAGCUACAUCAGGAGGUCCCGGUAGAAAAAGAAGAAGAGACAGCGAUCAGGCGCCAGAUAUCAUAAAUCUUUCUUCUGAUGACGAUUCAGUGAUUGAUCUUACCAAUGAAACCAAUAGUCUGCAAAAUAUGCCCACCAGGCGCCCACACAGACUGCGAUCUCAAGUGGAAAGUGACAAUAGGAACCGGCAUCCACCAGCAAGGUCUCAAAUGGGACAAGAAAACAGGCAUCCACAAUCACGGGUGAGGUCUCAGGUGGAGGAAGGUGAUAGUGACGACGAUAUAGAGAUAUUAUCCGUCAACAUAUCCACCACUGGGUCCAUGUCAUCAGAUACAAAUAGAGCUUACUUCAAUACAAGGCGGAAUGUAGACAGUGCCAAUACUUUGGACGAACACUCGAACCGGGACGACGAUUUGGAAAUAACUGACAUACAACGGGCACCAUCGCCACUUGCACAUAUCGAUACGCCUAUGGGACAUAUUCCAUACCAACCUGAACCCGGAUUAGUGUCAUACCAAAACGCACGACAGCAGCCCUUUGUCAGUCCAUAUUCGCCACCACGUAAUGUUAGAAGGCGAAUGGGCCAUAUACCUACCCCUCACGAUUCACAAGGCACCCGUCUACUUCCACCUCGAAAUAAUCUUGGCCGUCAAGUUCAGCUACCUCCGCAAAGGAGGCAUCAGCAUCCACACAAUAAUGGUCAUGACAAUACCAAUAUGACACCGAUCACGAAUGCUAGAAGACAAAGCAGAACUAGAGGUCGCAGUGCACGUAAUCAGCACCCACCCCCAAGAACCUCAAGACGCGGUUCGCAAUUUGCACACGGGCAGAUUCCCGACUUUGUGAGUCGAAUUAACUUCAGUCUUGAGAGUGUCUCUGAUUUCUUGCCGCACGUCUUUUUCCCCAACAUGUUCGGAAGGGAUGUGCCCUCUGAAGUUUUUGAAAAUAGUGUAAUGCAAAGAAUUGAAGAAGAUAACAAUAGAGCCGUCGAUGCACGAAUGGAAAGGGAAAAAAACUAUAAUCGGAAAUCGAUGGCGGAGAAGCAAAAGCUUGCAGAUGUUGAAAAUGCCAAAGGCACUCAUACAAACAAAAUCAAUUCCAGUGAUAAUCUCGUUUGUGAAUUAUGUGGUGUUGCUUUAGGGGAAGGUGCCCCAGAAGAUUUUAAGGGAGAUCCCAAGUACGAUUUAAACUUUGCGAAAUAUGCCGAGCAAUAUCAAACACAAGCACCUUGGUUUUGCGUAAACCCGUUCACAGAUGCAGAUCACGACUUGAGUAAGAGGAUAUUUGCUUCGAAGUGUGGACAUACAUUUUGCGGGAGAUGUGUGAAAAACAUUGCAGGACGGCCGGCAAGGAAGCCAAAGAAUGCUCCCUCGGGAUUUACUAUUAAGAAUCCUAGUAUAUGUGCGCCAACAAAAUGUCCCGCAAAGGAUUGUGGGAAAAAGUUUGUUUCGAAAGCAUUUACUGAGGUUUACUUCUGA